AAUCAUGGCCCCCUCAAAUCUCCCUCAAGACCAUCUUCUCAGAAGGGGCAGCAGUGUGCUGCCCCCACCCACACACCAUCGUCUUUUGAUUGUAUCCCAGCUAUUACAAAAGAGAUCCGAGAAACAGGCGGAGAGAAGAAAGAUAAGGAGAGCUUCCCUUUCAUAUCAUAAGCUCGCCGUCAGCUUUGCUCCUCGGAUCGUCGCUUGUGUCCAUCUCCGUCUCCCUCGUCCUAUGUGCGGAGUCCUCCUCCUCUUCGCGCUUCAUUGAUCGCCAAUGUCGGCCCAAGUUCUGCCCGAGCACAUUUGCUAUGUCCACUGCAACUUCUGCAACACCGUCCUUGCGGUUAGUGUCCCUGGCAACAGCUUGCUCAACAUAGUCACGGUGAGAUGUGGGCACUGUUCUAAUCUUCUGUCCGUCAACAUGGGAGCUUUGCUUCAAGCACUUCCUUUUCAGAGUCUUCAGACUCGCAGCAUAUGUUCUCAAGGAAAUGGAGUGGAAUGUGGAUCACCUUCCAAGUGCAAAAGGACUUCAUUGUUGUGCACAAUGCCGAAGGAUCAAGAACAAACGCUACCGAUGCAUCCUCCAGAGAAGAGACACCGCGCGCCUUCUGCAUAUAACAGGUUUAUCAAGGAAGAAAUACAAAGGAUAAAGGCUAACAAUCCAGACAUCAGCCACAGAGAAGCAUUCAGCACUGCAGCAAAGAAUUGGGCACAUUUUCCUCGCAUCCAUUUUGGGUUAAACAUUGAUGGCAAUAAGCAAGCAAAGCUUGAUGAGCCAGUAAGUGCACCGGCCAAUACACCUGGGGGCCAAAAGGGUCACAGUUUCUGCUGAUAAUUAGUAUGUGUAGUGAGUAGAUGCUGUUCUGCAAGUCAAUUUGUAGAAUAUGAGCACUUCAUUGUAAUAGAAUGAUCAUCUAAGCACUUUGUUAUUUAAUGCAAUUUUCUAUGUUUAUGCCAA